AUGCCAUCCUUUAACGACGUCUCUUAUCAGACUGCUACGGUCACCCAUCCUCGCUCGUUUGAAUCAUCUCGCAAAUCGCACGACAAGACUCCCGUCGGAAAUACUUUCCUGUGGACCAACUGGCCCAACGGCAACGACGCGAACGAUCAGAAUGACCGACAGCUUUUAGCCGACCUUAAGAACGGCAGUGCAUACUCACUGAAUGGCCCUCGGUCGAGUGUCAGCUCCUACACCCGCGAGCCCCUGUCCAUGGAUGGCAGCAUGCAUUCGGUAGCCAAUGGAUCCGCCAGGGAUCCCCGCGAGAACAGCCGGCCGUCCGCGACGUUGGACCGCAAACUCUCCGACACUGGACCGGGAGCGAUCUCCACCACAACAUCCCCUUCCAAUCAACAACCCAAUGGUACCACGAAUGGUCGACCUAUCACGGGGAAACUGAUGGUCAAUGGGGAUGCCUACCGACCCUCCGUCGAUGAAUCGUCGAUCUCGCCCUCGGCAUCGCUGUUGCAAAUCCCACAACAAGAUGAUAUUGGUCGUUAUUCUCCAGACCCCGAUCGUUUGGCACCGAAUUCGAAGCCCGGACCUCACCACCCCUCCUCCCCUCCUGCCUCAUCCAUUCUUGACGUUGUCUCCGUGCCAGAGUCGCAGAACUCCGGUAUGCGACAACGACAUUCCUUGCAGGUGCCACGAACCCCUAGCGUUCGGCGGGACAGCCGAGAAUACAAUGAGGAUCCUGCAUACACCACCGGCCGAAUGUCACCGACGACUGGCUUCAGACGCACGUCAGUGGGUCUGAUUCGACGAGCAACGAAAACCAGUACCCAACAGGAUAUCACCUUGGACGAGGCACCGCCGGAUGAAGAUGCGGCCCGAUGGGCUGAAGCUAUUAAACAAAAGCGAGCCUCGCGACGCCGCCGCGAAGAGGAGGACGACGAACGGGUGAUUGUCGGCACUAAGGUGGAUCAGAACCAUGUCAACUAUGUCACAGCAUACAACAUGUUGACUGGCAUCCGCUUCACGGUUUCGAGAAUUAACGCCAAGAUGGACCGCGAACUCACUUCGGCGGACUUUGAUGCUAAGCACAAGUUCUCCUUUGACAUCACUGGAAACGAACUAAUCCCUUCCGCAAAAUACGACUUCAAAUUCAAAGAUUACGCACCUUGGGUGUUCCGACACCUUCGCGCCAAGUUCCGUCUCGAUCCUGCCGAUUACCUCAUGUCCCUCACAAGCAAGUACAUCCUGUCCGAAUUAGGCUCUCCUGGAAAGAGCGGCAGCUUCUUUUACUUCUCGCGCGAUUACAAGUACAUUAUCAAGACCAUUCACCAUUCCGAGCAUAAGCUUCUUCGGAAGAUUCUUCCUGAGUACUACCGACACGUGGAGAACAACCCAAACACCCUCAUCUCACAAUUCUACGGAUUGCACCGAGUCAAGAUGGCAUACGGUCGAAAGAUCCACUUUGUCGUGAUGAACAACCUGUUCCCGCCCCACCGAGAUAUCCACCAGACAUUUGAUCUGAAGGGCUCAACCAUUGGCCGUGAUUUGCAGGAAUCAGAUCUCGAGAGAAACCCCAGAGCAACCAUGAAAGACCUGAACUGGGUUCGUCGGAAUCGCCACCUGGAAUGUGGCCCAUCAAAACGAGACUUCUUCAUUGAACAAUUAAAACGCGAUGUCGUGUUGCUGAAGAAACUCAAGAUUAUGGACUAUUCUCUUCUGGUAGGAAUCCACGAUGCAGGUAGGGGCAAUGAAGAGAAGUUACGGGAUAAGACUCUUCAGGUCUUCCAGCCAGGAGGCAAUCGCGAACAGGAUCCGACUCCCAACAACUUGAUGCGCACUCCUUCAAAAUUAGAGAAUGAGCGCAAGGCUCGGGAGCUGCGCAUGCUUAUCAAGCGUGAACGGCCUGUUCCCUUGGACAAAGCAGCUGCGAAGAUGCCGGAUGAAAUCCUCGAUGAACGGAAAUAUCAUGUCUUCUACGCGGAUGACGGAGGUUUCCGGGCCACUCAUGAGAAUGGCCAAGCCGGGGAUGAGAUCUACUACCUCGGUAUCAUCGAUUGUUUGACUCAUUACGGAACCACCAAGAGAUUAGAGCACUUUUUUAAGGGGCUCUCGCACGAUCGAACACAAAUUUCGCCAAUCCCACCAGAGAGCUACGGCGAGCGCUUCAUCAGUUUCAUCAAGGGAAUCACUAUGUCGAAGGAAGAAGCCGAGCGGCGUGAAUCUCGAGUGUCCGCCUCCGGCGCACCUCAACAAUCAACUGACAAGCAAUCAAGAUCUUCAUCUGUCGAGCGAACAAUGCAGGCAGCGGAGAAGGAGGCAUCGAAAGAUGUGUCCGUCACACAUCCUCGAACAUUAGCCACUGUUUGGGAUCCAGCAGAUGCCGGUGGCCCUGGUCCCACUUCGACUCUCCCUAUUGUGGACGAAGCUGGCGAAGCAAGUAGUGUCGGAGGCCGCAGCUCACACAGCCGACAUGGUCCUCCAGCAUCGGACAAGGAGUUGCCUCCUAUCCCCAGCGAUGCUCCACCGUCAACGCCUAGCCAAGGCAAGCGAGUUGAUAGGAGCAAUCUCCCUCCGAGUCCUCUCCGACGUUAG